AGGCCACUUGGAAACUCCAAAAUGUUUAGAAGAGCCUGUGAGCCAGGACAUCAUUAGCCCUAUCCAGAAUGAAAUAAUUUGUUUAGGAAAAACAGAUAUUUUAUGGAAGAACUGUGAGUUUCUGGUAAAUUGAAUGUGCCGUCUGGAAAGCCUCAUCCAGUCCUUGAAGAUGAACAUCUGUCUGCAAACUGAAAAAGAUUUGAACCCACAGAAAACAGAUUUUCUGAAGGAAAGACUGAAUACAAUACAGGAGGAGCAUUCCAAGGAUCUGAAGCUAUUGCAACUGGAAGUGACGAAUUUGUGCCAGCAACUAAGAGAUGUAAAAGAGAAAGAAGGCACGGCACAAGAUGAGGUGCAAAGGUUGACUGUGACUCUGCAGCUUGCCUCAGAGACAAAGAAGAAUGCAGCCAUUAUUGAAGAGGAACUGAAGACCACAAAACGUAAAAUGAACCUUACAAUUCAGGAGCUAAGGAGACAACUGUCUCAAGAGAAGCACCUAAGGGAAUCUCUUGAGAAAUCUGGACCAGCCAUGCUACUCAAAAUACAAGAAAUGGGAUCAACAGUGGAGGUGGAACGGAAACAGGUGCAAAUUUUGCAGCAAAACUGCAUUGCUGUUCAGACCACCCAAGAACUACUGGCACAGGAGCGACAACAGAAAGGAGAGUUGGAGACCGCUACCUCACAGCUCAAGUCUGAUCUAGUUUCUAGAGAUGACCUCAUUUCCAAGUUGGUUGAAGAAAAUAAGAAUAUACAGAUGUCUUUCAAUAAGGAACAUGAAGAAAAUGCAUAUUUGAGGUCUGAAAUAAUAUCCCUUCAUGAAGCCUCAGAAAAAGCACAGAUUUUGAAUGACCAACUGACUAGAAAGUGUUCAGAGCUGAACAGAAUGCUUCAGACUGUUAGAAUGGAAAAUGCCAGAAUCAUUGCUGACCACCAAGCCAUUCUGCAGGAAGAACAGAAAAUGAUGACACAGACAUUUCAAGAACAAAACUUACUGCUGGAUGCAGCCCAUGCCAGUAUCACAAGUGAGCUACAGACUGUUCAGAAUGAGAAAACACAACUCCAAAUGCAUCUGGACCAUUUAGUCCUUGAGCAUAACCAGUGUAUCCAGAAAGCACAGGAUGCUGAGAAGAGGGCAGCUGUGCAAAAAGAGCUGCUAGAAACAACUAUUGCAAGAUUGCAAAGUGAACUGGAAGCAUCAAUGCAAGAGAAACCUCUGCUAGAGGAGAAAGAAGGACUUCAGGGAGAGGUUAAUAAAACUGAGAAAGAAAUAGCAGAAGAAAAAUGCAACUUGGAAGAGGAAUUAGCUAAAAGCAAGGUAGGCAUAAAUGCAUUAACCCGCAACCUGCAGACUCUAGAGGAAAAGAAUAAGCAACUGGCAGAUCAAAUUGCUUCCCUAGAACUUGAGCAAGCAACUUCUGAUUACCAUUGGGGGUAUAAAAAGUCACUUGCCCAACAGCAGGUGGAAAAUGUCUUGGGAAAAAUUACUGAGAGUAAAAAUAAACUGGCCUAUGAAAAGGGAAGACUACAGAUAAAAGUUAAGCAGCUAGAAGAACAACUACAUUCUUUUACUGAAACUAGUUCACAGAACAACCAUCUACGCAAGUUGAAUAAGGCACUAGAGGGCAAAUAUGCUCAGGCGAACGCAGAACUCAUUGCCAACAAGAUAUACCUGCUAGCGCACUUGAAAGAGGUGAAAUCCAUUCUUGAAAAGAAAGAAGGGGAGCUCUCACGAGUUGUGAAGGGUCGGGCUGCAGCCCUGAAAGAGAGUCAGAAGUUGAAACGUGACCUCGAAGCUUUGGAGGGCAGGGAGAACAAGAAGGUGGGAAAAUUUCAGCAACAACUGGCAGAAGCUAAAGAAGACAACUGCAAAGUUACAAUCAUGUUGGAGAAUGUGUUGGCUUCUCACAGUAAGAUGCGAGGCGCUCUGGAAAAAGUGCAAAUAGAGCUUGGGCAGAGGGAUGCAGAGAUUGCAGGCCUCAAGAAAGAAAGGGCUCUAAAUCAAGAGCAGGUACAGAAGCUGGAAGCAGAAGUGGACCAGUGGCAGGCCAGAAUCCUUGUCAUGGAUUUCCAGCACAACACUAAGAUAGAGGCUCUACAAAAAGCUCUAGAUGUAGCUAGAGAAGAACACAGGAAACUGGCUAAGAGCCUGGAGCAAGCUCUCCAGACAAAUCAUCAGCUGCAAACAAAGCUUUAUCCUGUUCAGGAGAAAUUGGAAAGCAAAGAACGUGAGCGACGGAAUUUGGAAACCUUCAUAGAACGGAUGAGUGAAGAAUCCAAAAUAGAAGCAGAGUUGCAUGCUCAACGCCUAAAUGCUCUAAGAAAGCAGUUUCAAAUUGAGAGAGAAACUGCAAACAAAGCAGCACAACGGGAAGUGACUGAGCUGAAGAAAGCCCUUGAUGAAAGCAACUUCAGAUCAGUGGAAGUAUCCCGGACCAACCAGGAGCUGCGGCAGAAACUGACAGAGUUGGAAAAGAUACUGAACAGCAGCAAGGAGAAAAUAAAGGAUCAAAAGGCCCAAAUUAAGUUCCACUUGUCAGCUAGGGCGAAUAAUGCUCAGAACAUAGAGAGGAGGAAGCAAACAGAAACAGAAUUGAGGCAAGUGGAGCUAAUUAAGGAUCAGUAUCUGAAAAAAAGCUAUGAACAGGCACUGAGUAUCCAGAAAUGUGUAUCUGAAAUGACUAACCUACAGCAGGAGAUGCAGCUGUUGGCCAAGAGCCAACAUGAUCUGUCAGCUCAGAAUAAACAGCAAGAGCUGCAACUCGAGGCAGAGCAGAAGAGGAGGUGGGAGCUGGAGCAUCGGUGCCAGGAAUUGGAAGAAACAGUUAGACACCUGAAGAAAUGUAAAGAGGCAACAGAGGAUAAACUGAAAGAAGCUAGUGUGGAAUCAGAACAGGUAACAGCUAAAGUGCAAGAAGCUUGGCUCUGGUUUAAGUGCAAAUGCGAUGACCCACAACUUGAGCUGAUCAAAAACCCGUUGCAGAGGGAAGACAGGUGGCGGAAAGAGGACCAAGAUAAAAGGCACAGCAGCAUAUCCGAUCAGUCUGCUCUACAUUGAUGGGAGAAUAAACAGAAUCUUAGACUUGUGCCCAAGAAGUGUCAUUCUGAAGUAAAGAGAAGGUGGUGUCCUUGACAGAGGAGCUUCUUCACUUAGAACAGCUACAUCACCCUGAUUCCCUGAGCCCAGCAACUAGGGCUGGGCUGUUUCCACCGUCAUCAGGACAUGAAGUCUUUGAUGUGGACUGAAGAUUUUGGACCUGAGUUUAUCCUUUUAUGAACUCUUUGAUAUCAAUACAGAACCACCCCAUCUUUUUUGUCCCUUUCCCCAUUUUCCACCCAGUAAGUUUAUAUUAAUGUGUUGUAUGAUAGGAGAUGCUGUUGGCUAUUGUUUUAAGUAAAUUUUAUC